GACGGGGCGGCCGAGAUCCGUCCCUUUCACUGUGUGUCGGUGGUGGUGCUAUUGCGCGUAUUGCAAGCGAAAACCCUCUCAGCAUCCCGGGGCAGGCAGCCGUACAACCGACAGACAGACGGAAAAGCAGAAACCUGCUGAGCAGCACAGUGAGGAGCAGCAGCAGCAGCAUCGGAGCGAAAAAAGAAAGAAAGCAAAAGGGCAUUUCGUGACUAUUGUGCUGCGUUUUGAGUGUCAAACAAACGACAACAACAGCUACACAAGGCAGAGGGCCAGGGCAGUGUUUCGCGUGUGUCGGGCAGCGGGCAGUGCGUUUGCGUUUUCGUGCGUGUUUUCGAUCCGCGCCCCGUUAGUGCGAAAAAAAAGGUUUACACAAAAGAAGACGCGCUCUCUCGCUCUCUCUCUCUCCCUCUCUCGCGCGCGCGCGAUUGUUCCCGUUACCUCCCUGCCUUUCGUAAUACGAUUGAUCUCGGGCGCGACCACACACACACACACGGCGAAGUGUGUGGGUUGAAAGGGUGGAAGUAGCGGGAGGCACUGAAGAAGCAAGCAGAGCAGCUCUUAUUCAGGCCCAACCUCCGUAGGCGCGGGGCAAAAAGGUUUUUCUUCCUUCAGCCACACACAACGACGCGGGAGGAGGACGACGACCAGACCACCCACCCGCCCAACCACCCACCUACCCAGCCAGCCAGCCUCUUUUGUGUGAUCAACCUCCCCCCCCACCCCCUCUCGAAGUGCGCGCGUCCCUCGCAACAAUUACACACUCACACACACGAUCGAUUCUUGUGUUCUCUCUUCCCUGCCACCCGCGCGAGUGAAACAUUUCUCCAACCACCACCACCACCCCCUCAGCAACCACCAAAACCACACAAACACAGGUGCUUUGUUUUGUUUCUUCUCCCCGUUAUUCCCCCUCUCUCUCUCUCUCAUCUUCACACCUACAGCCCCAUCUCUCUCCUUCGCACUCGUUUGUACUCCCCGCUCUCUCUCUCUCUCCCUUCCAUCCCCUCGAGAUGCGCAGCAUCUCCCAUCCUUUCGCGUCCAUUUUUCUUUCCCCUUCCCUUGCCACCCAUCCCAAGAUGCACCUUUUUUCACCUUUUUCCCAAUUCUCCUCCCCCGCCUUCCUCAACUCCCACUUGCACACCCAACAGCAACAACAACCAAAACUCCAUUUUUCCCUCCUAAACCUCGAUGCUACACGGCCCACAAUUUCCGGCAUUUCGAUCCCAAGCCCGCUGAGCUGAGGAUGGGGAAAAGUUUCCCCACACCACGGCCCCUUGCCCUGCUGGACCGGCAGCCCGGGCAGGUUGAUUCGGUGCAGGCUUAUUUUGUUCAACUAUUGCAAGCGCGUGUGUGGCCGUGCGUCGGCCGUCGUGUUGUUGUGCUAAGUGCCGCGGCGAAAUGCGGAUCCGCAGUAGGCGGUUAGUGGUAGCAGCAGUAGUUCGGUGCAAGUGUGCAAACAGUGAUGUGCCAGUGGUGAGUGAAUUGUGUGGGGAAAUGGGGAGCGGGGGGAAGGGCAUUUUCCGGUUUAGGGCGGGCGUGGGUGUGGGGCAUAGCUAUUUUCUCAAUGUGAGCGGUGCAUGUGGGAUUGCUGGGAUCAAAGGCAACCGGAUGCAAGUGCGUGAUGAUGGAAGCGGAAGCAGUCGGAAGAAGAAGAAGAAGAAGAAGAAUACAAAAAUGCAAUACAAAGUUGAGUCACUCAACACUGAAACGCAACCCAAUCCGUGUAGUUUUGAAUUGAAAGCAAGUGAUACAUCAAUCUCUAUCUCUCUCUCUCACACACACGCUCAAACGGCAAAUGGCUCGAUGCGUGCGAAUGCUAUCAAUCUCUCGUCUAGUUAGUUUUGCUAUCAUUUUACGGCUAUAUUGUAAUUUCCAUUAUCGCUAUAUUUACUAACAUCCGAAAACAAUUGCUCAAUGUCUUUGAAUGCUUGUUUUUUUACUGUUGCUAAAUGUGUCUUGCACGCGGAGCAAGGGCGGAGGGGCAAUGCCCACCCACCCUUUGGUACAUUUGUUCUUCCGCGUGGGUGGAACAAGCUGCGCAAAUAAUCAAUACUUUCUUUCUCGCUUUCUCUCUCUCUCUCUAUAUAUAUAUGUAUCUUUCUCUGGCUCUCUUUCUGUUUCACACCCACAAACAAACUCGUUCAACAUGCACUGUGCACACUACGUGAACGGGUUUCGUUGUGUUGGUGCGUUGUAUUGAUUUUUUUGUUUGUUUGUUUGUUCAUAUCUUUUUGUUUGCCAUUAUGUCGGGAUCUUAAUGUGCUCGGAAAGAAAUUGUUCUUACGAUUUGCGGAUACCAAAAUUCUGAACUCUGCUCUGGGUCUUGGAUGCGACAGCCAAGCGAUGUCUCUUAUGAAACCAAUUAUAUGUAACACAUUUCUUAGGCUCAUUUCCAACGGCAGUGAUAGCUAAUAAAACAACAGAGCAAAAAACACGGCAUGUGAUACUAUCAAUCUUCUGCGACUAAUCAGUAGCGUUAAGCGAAUUUCCAUAUCAGACUCACCCCCCCCUACUCACCACCAUGGUGCCCGUCCGCCGGUCCGGGUCCCGAUGUCGUCCAAACGGAAAUCGCCCCCGAACAAGCUGUCGAAUGCGGUGACGAUCGAGAAGAACAACUUCAAGAAGAUCUCGCUGAAGAAUGAGGAGUUCCUGAAGUCGUCCCCGGUGAAGGAGCUGAACUGCACGUUCGACGCGAACUUCCUCGCGAUGCAGAAGAUGAGCGCCGAUCCGAAGUAUCUCAAGCACGACGAUCUGCUCGGCCCGCGGCACGACGAGCACCUGCUGCCGAUCGAGCACGACUUCCACUACAACCUGCCGUUCCUGAACGUGGCCAGCUACAUCCUGAAGGGUUCGGAUCCGGCGCUCAACAAGACGGACAACUUUCAGCUCACGAUGAACCUGGACAGCUUGAACAUCUCGAACAGUGGGAACCAUCAUCACCAUAACCAUCACCAUCACCACCACCAUCAGGAGGCGACACCGCCGUCGCCAGCGUCGCCGUCGUCGGUGGCGGCGGUGGCGGGCGCGGCCGCACCGGCACCAGCCCCCAAGCUGCCCCCGGGGGUCCCCAGUGCACCGCGCAAGAUCAACAACAUGAUCCUGAACCACCUGAAGUCGAUCGUGGACAACUUUGACAGCUUGAACAACAACGUUAAUGACAAGAACAGCUACGGCAGCGGUGGCGCAUCGAACUGUCAGGGCGAGGACUUGCCGGCACACAUGUCACCGCCGGUCGAGCAGCCGCCAGUGCCGCAGCUGAACAACCAGUACGCCGAGAAGAACAAUCUGGAGUCGUUCCGGUCGCGGCUGGACGAGCGCAUCACCAACCUGCAGCUCAGCAUGAGCGAGAUCUACCUGAUGCGGCUGAACCUGAGCCUGCUCGACUUCCCGAACGAGAUACCGAGCACGCUGCUGCACAAUCACAGCCAGCCGCACCACGGGACUGCGGAGGAACCGUCGCCGAACCGGAACUGCAGCUCCCAGAACACGCAGAACAACAUCAAGCUUAUCAAAAGAAGCUUCAAGGAGUCGCUCUACGAGAAGGAGAAGAACAUCAACCGACUGAUCAUGUACUUCACGAUAUGGCGCGAGAUGCUGCUGAAGGCAGAAUUUGGCGAGAACCGCCGCUACAAGCAGAACAACAAUUCCAAGAGCAACCUCGAGCAAUCGCUGCUGAGCGGCGGAAGCGGGACCGCUGCCGGCAGCAGCAGCUCCUCGUCCGGCCUGCCCUGCGAGCCCCCGGCCCGGCUCGUCCCGGGCGGCAACGGCAUGUCGCCGGCGGCGUCCUCCACCGCCUCCCUGCCCCCCGCGACGCCCACGGCAGCGAGCGGGCUUGGGUCGCCGAACCGCAGCACCUCGGCCGGCGGCACCAGCACCGUGAUCGACUGUGAUAUAGCCGGGCCGGGCGAGCUGGCGGCCGAGCCGGACAACUGCAUACGCCGGUACCAGAACGUGUUCCAGUCGAUCGCCUGCAAGAUGUCGGGCGGGGUCGAGCUGGGCGGCGGCGGCGGACAGCUUGUCGGGCAGCAUCCGGGGGCCGGCGUGUACCAGACGCCGGGCAGCAGCAGCGGUGGUGCUGGCGCUCCAGGCAGCAGCGGAGGAGCGGGUGGCAAUAUGAGGCGCAAUCCACGCAAACGGCCCCACCUGAUGCCGCCGGAGGCCGACCCGGAGCAGAUGAUGCUGUCGAAGCAACCGAUGCUGGCGGGGCCGCCGCUGAACUGCACCGGCACGACGGGCGGGCCGGCCCUCACCCUGUACGACGAGUACGAGAAGGCGAAGGAGGAGGAAAACCAAAGAUACGCGAAGGAGCCGGACGCACCGAUCAAUCUGUCCAAGCGGAAACCGUCGAGGGACAGUCCGCUUGCGUCCGGGACGCUGGAGCUCAGCAACGGGACGAAGCUCCCCGGGAUGCUUCCAGGGAGUAGUGGAGGUGGAGGUGGUGGAGGUGGCGGAGGUGGCGGGGGUCCCUUUGGGCCGGCCGGGUUGUUUGCGGGCUGCGAUACGGACGAGCUGAACCACCGGCUGGAGCUGAUGUCGGACAAGGUCGGGCUGCUGCCACCGACGGCCGUUGCGCUGCUGGAGAAGGAGUCGGACAAGUACUUCCUCAAGUCGAAGCGCGACCGGCUCGAGCUCGACCCGAACCACCUGUUCGACUAUCCCGGCCCCAGCCCGGACGGGCUGCACAAGCACGCCAAGCUGAACCUGUACCACCAGUCGCCGAGCCCGCACCAUGGCAGCCCGGACGACAGCAAGCAGGGCGGGGGGCUCGGGGGGCUCGGCGAGUCGCCGUACCCGCUGGCGCAGCAGUUCUUCAUCAAGGCGACGGACGGUGGACCGGGCGGGCCGGGACUGUCACCCUUCAACAGUAACGCGAUGAUCGACAACAUGAACCGCCAUCUGAUCCAGCGCCAGCAAACGAUGGCCGCCGUCAGUGGGGGAGCUGCCGGCGGUGGCGGUGGUGGUGGUGGUGGAGGUGGCGGCGGUGCCGGCGGUGGCGGUGGUGGAGGCGGCAGUGGCAAGAAGGACAAGGGCCUGUCGCUCGGCGGCAUGGAUCUCGGGCCGGACCUCGGCACGGGCCGGAGCCGCUCGUCCAGCACGGAGAAGAACCACAUCAAGCGGCCGAUGAACGCGUUCAUGGUGUGGGCGAAGGACGAGCGGCGCAAGAUACUGAAGGCCUGCCCGGACAUGCACAACUCCAACAUCUCCAAGAUACUGGGCGCCCGGUGGAAGGCGAUGACGAACCUGGAGAAGCAGCCGUACUACGAGGAGCAGGCGAAGCUGUCCAAGCAACACAUGGAGAAGCAUCCGGACUACCGGUACCGGCCGCGGCCGAAGCGCACCUGCAUCAUCGACGGCAAGAAGAUGCGCAUCUCCGAGUACAAGUGUCUGAUGAAGAACCGGCGCCAGGAGAUACGGCAGUUCUGGACGCGCGACUACGACAGCGGCACCGACCAGAAGUGUCCGAUGAAGGACGCUGGCAAGGUGAUCAAGAAUGAGGCCAUGUAAAUUCCAAACCCCCUUUUGUGCGGGGAGGGAGGGGGAGGGGGAGGGAGAGGUCGUAUACCAACAGCUCCCAUACGCUGGACCGGUCAUCAACGUCUUGCUCUUCCGGCUUACCCUUUUUUUUCGAAACACACGUACACAAAGAAUCGCCACCAGCUCCUACCCCCUCCAUAUUUAACACAUACUUAAUUAACCUUGGCACCGUGUAAUCUCUGUAUUCCGAGUGUAGAUGUUAAUGCUUCCAAGGUUCCACGCAAGGUGACGAACAGAAAGCAGAAAUAAACAAAAAUCAAAAAUGCGUCAUCGCAUUCAAUCAAAA